AUUGCAGGUCAACACUGCAGAUAUAACAGAUGCUGAGUGCGUAGGAAAAAAAGUAUUGAAAUGUCAUGUUUUGUUUAUGCGCACUGAAUCAUUCUGUUUGAGUCUGUGUUCAGUGUUUUCUCAUGUAGACUGUGUUAAAUGGUUAAUGAUAAUGAAUCGUAAUUCCCUCACAGACUCUCCGUGUGUUUGAGGCGAGCGGGGGCGCUGCUCGAGCGUGUUUCUGUGUUUGUUUGGGAACUUCGAUCCGAACUCGAGACGAACCUCAAGAAACUACAUUCGCUCUCGCAAAUCAGAAUGCCGCGAAUAUUAAACGCAUUUAACGCUCUUGUGAGGCGAGACUUCAGGAGAAAAACACUGCGCGAUUCUGCACGGAGCUUCGCGACAGAUGACGGAGACGGAUCGGCCGGGGUUCUGGCGAAGCGUCUGAAGGAUUCGGCGGAGACGGUGGUCAUCGGCGGCGGGUGUGUCGGGGUCAGUCUGGCGUAUCAUCUGGCCAAAGCCGGACAGAAAGACGUGGUGCUGCUGGAAAAGUCUGAGCUGACGGCCGGAUCCACAUGGCACGCGGCAGGACUCACCACAUACUAUCAUCCAGGCAUUAAUCUGAAGAAGAUUCAUUAUUACAGCAUUAAACUCUUCGAGCAGCUCGAGGCCGAGACGGGACAGGCCGUGGGCUUCCAUCAGCCCGGCAGCAUCAGACUGGCGUCCACUCCGGUCCGAGUCGACGAGCUCAAAUAUCAGAUGACCAGAACACACUGGCACCCGACGCCACAGUUCCUCAUCGGCCCCGAGAAGAUCCAGCAGCUCUUCCCUCUGCUCAACAUGGACAAGGUGUUGACGGGUCUUUAUAAUCCGGGUGACGGUCACAUCGACCCGUAUUCUCUGACGAUGGCUCUGGCAGCGGGAGCGCGAAUGUACGGCGCUCAGAUCUAUUAUCCUGCUUCAGUCACAGGCCUCACACCGACCGCCGACGGCAGAUGGGACGUCCAGACGCCACACGGAACCAUCCGAGCCAAUCGCAUCGUCAAUGCCACAGGUUCGGCCACACCCACACGACAGACCACACCCCCACAUGAUAGACCACACCUGUUUGUUAGGCCACACCCACAUACGCUAGACCACACCCACACAAUAGACUACACCUGUUUGUUAGGCCACACCCCCAUGUUAAACCACAUAACACAUGUUAGACCAUGCCCUCACAUUAUAGGCCACACCCACAUCUUAGACUACACCUCUUUGUUAGGCCACACCCACAUAUGCUAUUUCAGCUUUUGUCUUCUCGGCCUGCUGUUCGGACCCUACGAGAAGGAGGAGAAGAUGAAGCUGCAGGACUCGUGGAUCAGAGACGGAGUUCCUCCAGGUUUCGGUAAGGAGCUGUUUGAGUCUGAUCUGGACCGGAUCAUGGAUCACGUGGAGAGGGCUAUUGAGAUGGUGCCGGUUCUGAAGAACGCUGACAUCAUCAACAUCGUGUCCGGACCGAUCACAUACACACCUGACCUGCUGCCCAUGAUCGGACCGCACCAGGGAGCCAGAAACUACUGGACCGCCAUCGGCUUCGGGUACGGUAUCAUUCACUCUGGAGGAGUGGGGAAGUUUCUGAGCGACUGGAUCGUGAGCGGUGAACCUCCGUAUGAUCUGAUCGAGUGCGACCCCAACCGCUACGCUCACUGGACCAGCGUCCCGUACCUGUGCGCCAAAGCCAGAGAGUCCUACGGCUUCAACAACGUCGUGGGUUACCCGAAGGAGGAGCGCUUCGCGGGUCGCCCGACUAACCGGGUCAGCGGCGUCUAUGAGCUGCUGAAGGACAGAUGCUCCAUGGGCUUCCACGCAGGAUGGGAGCAGCCGCAUUACUUCCACAAACCCGGAGACGACUCCGGAUACAAACCCAGCUUCAGAAGGACUAACUGGUUCGGGCCGGUCGGCCGCGAGUGUAAACUGGUGAUGGAGGGUGUGGGUGUGAUUGACCUUUCACCUUUUGGGAAGAUCAUCGUGAAAGGAGAAGAUUCACACCGGCUGCUCGACCGGCUGUUCGCCAACACACUGCCAAAGGUGGGUCAAACCAACAUUAGUCAUAUGCUGACCCCACGGGGGCGUGUCUACGCUGAGGUCACGGUUACCCAGACUGCACCUGGAGAGUUUCUGCUCAUCACAGGCUCCGGAUCAGAGCUGCACGAUCUGCGGUGGAUCGAGCGCGAGGUGUGUGACGGUGGGUACGCUGUGAGUGUGUGUAAUGUGACGGAUGAGCUCGGUGUUCUGGGCGUCGCCGGGCCGAAGUCACGGGCGGUUCUUCAGAAGCUGACAGAUGAAGACAUGAGUGACACGGCCUUCAGAUUCCUGCACUGCAGAUCCAUGCAGCUCGCCGGUGUUCCCCUCCGCGCCAUACGCAUAUCCUACACAGGUGACGCUGACCGCUACACGCUAGUCAUGCCAAUCGACAGGACGCAUGCAGAUGAGCGGCUGUCCUCAUACCCUUUUGUGUGUGUGUUUCUGUGUGUGUGUGUGUGUAUGAACUGCGACACGAAUCCUUUAGAAGCCGGUUUGGACUAUUUCAUCAAACUCAGUAAGCCUGCAGAGUUCAUCGGUAAACAGGCUCUGCUGGAGAUCAAGGCUCAGGGUUUGAGCCGGCGGCUGGCGUUCCUCACGCUGCACACAGACGACAUCGACCCGGAGGGGAACGAGAGCGUCUGGCACGACGGAGAGGUGGUGGGGAACACGACGUCAGGGUCGUACAGCUACAGCACACAGCAGAGCCUGGCAUUCUCUUACCUGCCCCUGCACCUGACUCACGCCGGUCAGACGGUGGAAGUGGAGCUUCUGGGUCAGAAAUACCUGGCCACGGUCACUCCGGAGCCGCUGGUCCUCACAGAACCCGCCAGAACCCGCCUGCAGAAGAAGCAGCGCAGCGUCUGACCAUCAUGAGCUCAAUCAGUUUCAUCAAACACACUCAGAACAGGAUAUAAAUCAGCUGUAAGCUACACAUUGAGCUAAAUGUGCCAGAAUAUGGAAAUGUAUAAGUUAAAAGUCUAUGUUAAAAAUCUUUUAAACUGAAAACUGUGAAGAUUUGCUGCUGAAACAUCAUGUCUUAAUGUCCAGCUUCUGUGAAUUAUUUCCAGUCAUGUUGAACUCUGACAGUGUUUUAGACGUGUGUGUUCGUGAGGGAUCAGAUUAACUGACGAGUCUUACAAAGAGCCAGAGAAGAACCCUAAUAAAGCACAAUCUCAGUAUUACAGAUUCCAAUAGAAUUCUAUAAUAAUGACCUGAUUAUUCCUGUAUCUCUGUACUGUUUGUUUUCAUUGCGAAUAAACACACUCUGACAG